GUAAAUCCAGACCAAGAAGAAAGGAACAGAUAUACAUACAUACAUACAAAAUAUAUAUAUAUACAUUACAGCAAACACACACAUACAUGAAUGCAUAUGUAUCUAUUAGUCGCGUGUGUCGAAGUCUACACACUCGCAGUUGUGUUUAUACUUACCUAUUGGUAUGUCUAUAAAGUAAUCUAUACGCUAGUGGCUCUCGUGUAUAGUAAUGCUUGUCAAUUAGAGUUUAAAACUAAAUUGCUAAUAAUAAGGUCUUGUUGCGUGUGACGCACACUUACAUGAAUGGGAAAAGAAAAAAAAAACCCAGAAGCCGGAGUGGAAGAGAAAGAAAUAACAGUUAUAUAUUACAUCCUAAACACUACCGAACAAACAUUUUAGGAAGUUUGGCUAUUUUAAUUGUUUUUGAUACAUCACUUUAUUAGAAGCCGUCUUAGUAAAUUAAUCCAAAAAAACUCUGUGUUUUUAGUUUAUGUAAUGACCACUUAGAAGUUGUUUUUAAGGUCCAAACCAGACGUCCGUUUAUAAUAAUAGUUUGUGCUGUCAAUCAGGUUGUAUGGGGGCGGAGUCAAAGCAGUAACGCUGCUGCCAGACCGAGGCUGUUACUUUAGACAUUUCUAUCAACAGCAGCAGGCGACGACGACGACGACUUGAACCAGCAGAAACAAGGAUGCGCUCGACCACGGCACUACUUUGGGCCAGUAUUCUGGUUCUAAUCACUCUCAAGCAGGUCCUUGGCACCGGGAUGUUCCAAAUACAUUUGAAAUCCUUCAGGAAUACAAAGGGAUUACUAAAAAGCGGCAACUGUUGCAGUAAUAAUGUGGUGGCCACCGGCCAAGCUGGAAACAACUGUACGGCGUGUUCUACCUUCUUUCGGAUAUGUCUUACGCAUUACAUGGCCAAUAUUGUCUCGGGGAAAAAGUGUUCUUUUGCCCUCACAGAGUCACCAGUUUUGGGGAGUAAUGUUAUAGAUUUCUCUCAGGAUUUACCUAAUUUUACCAACCCGUUGAAGUUCUUGAUCAAGUCUUCGUGGCCGAGGUCCUUCUCGUUGAUCAUCGAAGCUUGGCAUAAAAUCCGGAAUGGACAGGCACAUGAAAGUCCUCACCGGCAGCUGAUUAGUAGUGUAGCUAUUUCAGAAGCCCUGGACGUUAGUUCCAAUUGGCGGCCGUUCAGCUACAUUGAACAACCCGUUGAAUUCAGCUUCAAUUACCGUUUUAUUUGCAAUGAGAACUAUUAUGGGUUGCGGUGUAACACAGUAUGCCGGCCACGGGAUGAUAAAUUUGGACAUUACAAGUGUACCAGAGAGGGCCAGAGGAAAUGUUUACCAGGAUGGAAAGGAGAUUAUUGUGACCAACCAAUCUGUCUGGCUGGUUGCCAUCCACUGCAAGGUUUCUGUAACCAACCUAAUAAAUGCAAGUGUCGAGCAGGUUGGAAUGGGAAGUACUGCAACGAGUGUGCUGUGCACCCGACUUGCCACAAAGGCACUUGUCAAAAGCCUUGGGACUGUAAUUGCAUAGAAGGUUGGGGUGGGCUACUCUGCAAUGAAGAUCUCAACUAUUGCACCCAUCACAGCCCUUGCAAGAACCAAGGGACCUGCACUAACACAGGCCAAGGGAGCUAUACAUGUAAUUGUCCGGAGGGCUUCAAUGGUACCAACUGUGAAAUUAGAGUUGACAAUUGUGACGACCAAUCCUGUUUAAAUUUUGGAGUCUGUGAGCGAAUUGGUGUAGAGUCCCGAUGCCGUUGUCCAAAUGGUUUUGGCGGGAAGUAUUGUGAGAUAAAGGCCAGGAAUUGUGCUGGUCAUCCCUGUCGGAAUGGUGGCAGGUGUGUGAACAAUGACGAUGGGUAUCUAUGUGAAUGCGUACCUGGGUAUUCUGGACACAACUGUGAAGUUGAAAUAAUUGAAUGUUCUUCAAAUCCAUGUCAAAAUAAAGGUCGUUGUGUUGAUGAUGUGAAUGGGUUUCAUUGUGUCUGUGAACCAGGCUACAGUGGUAAAAUUUGUGAAGUGAACGAAGACGAUUGUUUGAAGAAGCCCUGCCUGAAUGGAGGCACCUGUGAGGACAAGAUCAAUGAUUUUGAAUGCCACUGUAAACCAGGAUAUGCUGGCUACUUUUGUGAAAGUCAACUCAAUGAUUGCGUUAUUCAGCCUUGCAAGAAUGGAGGUACAUGCAUUGAUUUGAUUAACGAUUUUCGCUGUAUUUGUCCGUUGGAAUAUACAGGGAAGGAUUGUACCUUGAAUAUUACUAAGAAUAUUGCUAAGUGUGCCAGCAAUCCAUGUAAGAAUGGUAGCACCUGCAUUGAUCAUGGAUCAAGUUACUUGUGUACUUGUCUAACAGGUUUUUCUGGUGUUCACUGUGAUCACCAUGAAGGCACGACUAAUUACAGUGCUUUUGAAGAUCAAACUGAAAGUGUGGAUAAACCGGAGGGAUCUUUGUCUGUAUUAGAACUUGGUUUGAGCAUUUGUCUUGGAGCUGGUUUACCUCUUAUUGUGAUUAUCACUGUUGUUAUUAUAAUGCUAUUACGGCACCAGCGUCACCAUUUUCGAGAAAACAUGCAGAAGGAAACUGAACAAAAUCGCAUCAAUAGUAAAUGCAUGGAAACAGAUAUAUUCAUGACAAAUCCUUCAGCGAGUUCAUCUGAUAAAUUUACCAAAGAACUGGAAUGUUCUAAUAGAUUUCAUUCGGAACAAUUUUACCAUGAAAAAUCUACUAACAUUCUAAGACAGAAUGUUACAGGUGAACCACAUCACAAACCUUAUAAUAAAAAGAUGUUGACACCAAUAUCAAAUAUUGGCGUAGGGGAAUGCAAAAUUAAAGUUGAUAUAGAAAAACCAACAAACCGAGAUAUCACAGGUGCUUUAUUAAAAAACGAGCGAGCACAGCGGCACUCGAAAAAUAACUUGGACUAUCAACAUGUUUCGGCUACAGAAGUCUGAAUAAUCCCCUUUUCUGUUUUUUUUCUCUCUCCUGCAGUAGCAACAUCAUAACAUGUUGUUCAGAAUAGCAAAACAGAUAUAAUCUAAGUGCCUUUUUAUUUAUUUUUUUUAUUUAUUUUUUUUUUUUAUUUUUCACAGAAAAGGCAUUUUUUUCUGUGGCUAUUUCUCUGAAUUGUAUUUUUGUAAGAGAUUAUUUUACACCUGUCUUCUCUGUUAGUGAACGGAGUGGAUAAGAGUUGCCUGGUGGGUGUGAAAUGCACACACGCACACACACACACAAACAGAUACAUACACACACAUGUAUACACUUCCCCCCCCCUCUGCGAGAGAGGUAGGUAACAUUGUGUUAACAUUGCACUACCAGAUGUGUGUACCUAAAGAGAAGAGAGUUAAAUCC